UUAGGAGUCCACGACCACGCUCGAACUGUUCGCCUGAUUUUGUCGGCGUCGGUCGGCGAUCGUGCAAGUUGACUGAAUCUGAGGAAAUCUGGAAAAAACUCGGGAUAGAGAGGGUUAUAUGGUUGUGCAGAGUCGGCUCGUAUGCUUCACCGAGGAUUUAUCUCUCUCGACGAGCUCAAAAGUGAAUGUCUAAACAAGCAAAGAUGAGCGCAAAGAGCGCAAAGUCCUCGAAAAAGAAAAAUGCCGCUGCUGCCGGGGAGAAAAUACCAUCGAACGAAGUCGGCGGGGUGUAUUUCUGUCUGGCGCCCUCCUGGGUCGCUGAAAACCCCGACGACCCACCAGAGUAUUUCUCCCACGACGCCGACGUGGUCGAGUUCAUGCGGUUCAACAGCUUGCCUGAGUUCCCCACACGAUCGCUUCCCGAGCGCAGGGAUCAGCUGAUGGGACGGUACCCUGUCAUGCUCCCGCGUCUGCACCGCAGCGACGAGGAGUCCAUCGUCGCGUACCUGCGCGAACUGCGCCUCGCCUUUGGGGAACACACGGAUCUCGACACCAUCGGCCGCGAUCUCUACGAGCUCUUACCGCCCGCGGUUCUUUCCGGCGUGCUUGACCGUGAGCGGCAGCUCAUGUUCACCGCGCCCGCGCCGCUCUCGUGGGAGAAAUUCUGCCUGCUGCUGCUCACCACUAGACUUUUCCGCACGCGCUUCAAAGUCGACAACGCGGCCGGCUACGCGGCGAUGUCGAACGUCUCGCAGAUCAAUCUUGUCUCGCAACACUUCCUUGAAUCGAACAAGCUCGAAUUUGAGCGCCGUCCCACGCGCGUGCUGAUCACCGGCGUCGGCGUGUCGCUGGAGGUGACCGAGAUCGUGUACUUGCCGAUCUCGUUUGUGGAUACUUAUGAUGCGGUCAUGAUCGAGGCGUUCGUGCUGCCGACGACGAGGGUUACGUAUCCGCAUUUGGUGCUUGGGUGGAAUUUUAUAACGAAUCAUGUGAAGCAUUUGCCGUGGAAGGAGGAUUUCAAAAAGUGGAUGCCGGAGUUUGCAAGUUUAUUUCAGUAGCGCAGAGUUUGAUGUGAGCUUACUGAACGUUUCAGCCAGCGAGUAGUGCUGAUGACUCGCAUGGCUAAUUUGCAGGAUCAAGAAGUUGAGUAGAUGCCAGAUUGACGAGAAGAUACAUGCGAUACACCCCAACAUGGACAGAGCCACUGAAGUACGCGCUCUUCAACAACUAUCUUCAUCAGACACCAGUACUACGGGGCACAUACUACAGACAAUCGUCAUUGUACAUCAAGCCUCACUACGGCGAGUAACAAUGACACAUCAACACGCUAUCAAGGAGAAUGUAUAGG